AUGAGCGUCCGGCCGGACGCCCCGAGGGAGGAGGGAGAUGCCGGGGACAGGGGACAGGAGGCAGAGCUGCGGGGCCGAGCCAGCAGCCGGCAGCGCCAGCACAGACAGGCCACCCGGUUCCUGCACAAGGACUCAGCCGACCUGCUCCCCCUGGACGGCCUCAAGAGGCUCGGCACCUCCAAAGACUGGCAGCAACCGCACAACGUGAUCCAGAGGCGGCUGGUGGAGGGGAACCCGAGCCGGCCUCAGGGGGAGCAUCCCUUGGUGCAGGCCGUGAUCCACAGCCAGGAGACCAGGAGGAAGACCAGCAAGACAGAGAGGCCAGCUCUUCUGGUCAACUGCAAGUGCCAGGACCAGGUUCUUCAGGUGGCCGUGGACACGGGCACCCACUACAAUCAGAUCUCCGCUGGAUGCCUCAGCCGCCUGGGGUUAGGGAAGAGGGUCCUAAAAGCCCCAGCUGGGGACCUGGCGCCUGGGCCCCCAGCCCAGGUGGAGCAGCUGGAACUACAGCUGGGCCAGGCAACCGUGGCAUGCUCGGCCCAGGUGGUAGAUGUGGAGAGUCCUGAACUCUGCCUUGGCCUGCAGACUCUGCUCUCUCUCAAGUGCUGCAUUGACCUGGAGCACCACGUGCUGCGGCUGAAAGCCCCCUUCCCUGAGCUGCCCUUCCUGCCUUUGCACCAAGAGCCGGGCCAGUGA